AUGAAGCGCAAGCAACUAUUCGAAACCUUCUCCGUGAUCUACCAGCACAAGACCGUAUUCCUCGCAGCAAAGCUAUCAGCUGAAGGACAGAGGUGGCUUAAAAAUGUUACCCGUGGAAGUGUUUCUGUAAGAGCAGAAACUAUGGCGAACUGCACCACACCACUGCUGUGUAACUGGUAG